AUGUUCAAAAAGGCGGCUGAGAUUGGGAAGUUCGAAGGCUAUAGGGUCAACAACGAUCUUAGUGUCAGGAUUUUACAAUUUGCCGACGACACGGUAAUUGUGGGUAGUGGCUGUUGGCAAAACCUGUGGACUGUUAAGACAAUUUUCAGAGGUUUCGAACUGAUUUCGGGGAUGAAGGUGAAUUUUAGUAAAAGCAAGAUUUAUGGAAUGAAUCUUCAGGAAAGUUUCAUGGAAAGUGCAUCUCAAUUCCUAACAUGCUGCAGAGACGAUUUACCUUUCAAGUUCCUAGGCAUUAUGGUUGGUUCAAACCCAAGAAGGUGUGCUUCUUGGAGUGGUGUGGUGAGCAGCCUUAAGAAGAAGCUAUCUGUUUGGAAGGUGCGACUUCUGUCAAUUGGCGGAAGAGUAACUCUUCUCAAUUCGGUUCUUUCGAGCAUUCCUAUAUACACAAUGUCGUUCUUCAAAGCACCUGUCAAAAUCAUCAAGGAUAUAAUUACGAUUCAAAGUAGGUUUCUUUGGGGAGGUAACAUAGAGAAAAAAAGCAUAGCAUGGGUGAGUUGGUAUAAUAUUUGCAAACCCAAAGAGGAAGGUGGUUUGGGGGUCAAACACAUUGGUUAUUUUAACAAAGCUUUACUCUGCAAGUGGAAGUGGAUGAUAUUGAUGGAGAAUGGCACAUUAUGGUGUAAAAUACUAGAAGCUAGAUAUGGUGAUUUAAUCCAGGCGGUUUUAUUGGGUUCAGACGUUAAACUGAGAAGGAAAGAUUAG